AUGGCGGGACACGAGGCCAGCUGUGAGGAGGACCCGCUCUCUGUGGCGCUGCAGCUGCCGGCGGAGUCCGGCAGUGACGCCGAGGAGGAGGGAGAGGACGCCGGGGGCCCGAGGAAGGCGGCUGUCGGGGGCGUGCGGGGGCGGCGGGGGCGGCCUGGCGGCGACGCGGGCGCCAGGCAGCCCUGCAAGUUCUCCAUAGACAGCAUCCUCGGGCUGGGGACGGCGGUUCAGAGGCUGGAGACGGAGUUCAUGGACUUGGGCUGUGGCCGGGAGUCGAACCCAGCAAGUAGGCCGCAGCACAUCGCUCGUCCAGAGCCGAGGCUUCCUUCGCCCGAUAUUGUGGAGCCCAUUCCACACAGACCCGCCCGGUCGUCCGCUACUAAUGGCAACCGCUCCGAGAAGAGCCGCUGUACUGCACCGCCGAUCGAAGUACCAGCCGACCGAGAGGAACCACAUCUCCGGCUCGAUCGACGGACGUCUGCAUCUAUUGCCGGUACCUGCGGCACUGCUGGCGGUGUCUGGCAGUUCCGGGACGCCCCCGCCGCCGCCAGCGUCCUCUUCGGGGGCGGCGUCGGGGCGGCGGCGGCGGCGGCGGCGGCUUUCCUCGAUUACGGUGCGGCCGGCCCGGGGGGUUCCCCGCCGGCGGCUUCUCUGGGCUCCCUGCUGUACGGCGGCUGGCUCGCCUCUGCUGCCGCAUCCGCCGCCCGACCACACCCGCACCUGUUCGGCCUGCAAGCCCCGAAGCCCUCUGGAAGGCGUUCUCGGAAGCCGGGGCUGGACCGAAAGCCGCGUCAAGCGUACAGUGCCAAGCAGCUGGAGCGGCUCGAAGCCGAGUUCAAGCUGGACAAGUACCUGAGCGUCAGCAAGCGGAUGGAGCUGAGCAAGGCUCUGGCGCUGACGGAGGUGCAGAUCAAGACGUGGUUCCAAAACCGGCGCACCAAGUGGAAGAAGCAGCUCACCUCCCGCCUCAAGAUGGCUCACAGGCAGGUGACAUCUUGUACAUGA